CUGUGCGCAAAUGUUAGUGAAAAGCGAUUUCACAAUACUAUGACUGUGGAACAUAGAAACAAAUGGAAAUGUCAGGAAUGUGUAAGCAGGGAACCAAAGACUGAUAACACGAACACACCGAUCAAGCGUGAUCUACCGCUACAUUCUGACAGCAAGGAAUGCUCUUCGAAUGUGACAUUGCGAAGUCGUGUUGCCCCGAAAAAUCAGUCCCCUAUUCCCUCAUCGCCUCUGUCGCCUUCUCCACCAGCAAAACAAACCAUUGAGUCUGAAUUGGUCAAUGAACUGCGACUGUUCAGAGAGGAGAUGAAAGCUGAGUUGCGAGAAUUUAAAAUAGCCGUAACUGACUUGACCGCUGCUGUCAACAUUUGUAACAGGCGGGUCGACGAUCUCGCGGAGCGCCUGGAGAUCGUAGAGCGUUUCCAGCGGGAUGGAUCGGCCAUGGCCGCGUCUUCUCUUCAAAAUGCAAUAACUGAGCUCAAGCUGGAAUUGAACGAUCGCGAUCAAGAACUAUUCAGGAACGAUAUUGAGAUUGCUGGAAUUCCUGAACAAAACCAUGAAAGGUACAUUCACCUCGCGCUGACCGUAGCAACUAAACUAGGCGUAAAUCUGGAGGAACGAGACAUUGUAAGUGUGGCGCGAGCGGGGCCCGUGCGUCGCAUGGAAGAAGCCGGGUCGCGACCGCGCCCGCGCCCUAUCGUUGUGCGGCUCGCACGCCGAGCGCACCGUGACCAACUGCUGGAGGCCGCGCGCGUGCGCCGCGGGGCUACUACUGCAGGCCUAGGGGUCGAUUCUGACACGCAACGUUUCUACGUCAAUGAGAGGUUGACUCGCAUGAACCGGCAACUUUUCUAUAAAGCGCGUGGAGAAGCCUUACGCACUCAAUGGAAAUAUGUAUGGACACGAGAAGGGAAGAUUUUUGUACGCAAGGAACAUGGUUCACCGCGACAUCGAAUACGUACUGACGAUGAAUUAGUUAAAAUUUUUGGUCAAUGAUACAGUUGGUACAAUUCCUUCAUUGUAUUUUGUUAAUAGCAUUUAUCGCCUUGAGAGACAAUUAUGUUUUUAAAUUUUAUAAUAUUUUGUUUCACGUUUUUAGUUAUUGUUUUCUGUUGAUUCUAUAUUGCGCUGUACGC